AGAUAAUGAAAUAUGAAUCUUGGCCCACUAGAGGUUUCACCGGAAAUCUCCGAAUCAAUAUCGAGGGUUAUUGAUUUGUUAAAAAUAGUGGGAGAUAAUUAAUUAAAGGCCUAAUUAAUUAUUAAACAUGAUAAAUAACCUAUUUUGCAAAAUUUUUGUAGAUGGAAAACAACAACCCUUUCAACCUGCGAUAUGUUCUAGAAAAGGAAAAAUUAUCUGGAACCAACUUUCUUGACUCGGAGAUGAACGUCCGAAUCGUUCUUAACUGUGAGAGGAAACUCUACAUCCUCAAAACAAAUCCUCCCAAGACCCCUGAUGCUAAUGCUCGUGCGUCCGAACUCACUUCCUUCAAGAAGUAUGAGGACGACACGCGAGAUGUAAAGUGUAUCAUUAUGGCCAGUAUGACCGCGGAGCUCCAAAGGCUCCACGCGGACAAGGAAGUGCGUCCUAUGUUACAAUGCUUAAGAGACCUUUACCAAGAAACACAAACGGAACUCAAUUCGGACCCGUUCGGGGGGAAAAGCGCGUACCGUUCAGGGAGGACUUCGUGCGCCUACUACAGUGGGCCCGUCCAGGAACCCUUGGGGUCCAACGGGUUUUCAUCAUGUUGGGCUUGUAAAAUGAGGCAAGCAGCUGGCGACGAUGGACAGGCUGUCCUAGAGGGUGAGCCUGAGCACGUGAGCGUGCACACUGAAGCGUCAAGCUUCACACCCCAGCAGGCCUCUGAGCAGGCAGUUCCGGGCGCGGACCCGAUUCCUGAAGCUGUCCCUAUCAUUCAGCCGCAACUCGCGGCUAACUUCAUGAACUUUCUCCAGCAGAUGGCUGGAGCAUACGUGCCACCACCGCCACCACCGCCACCACCAGUGGCGGUGGUCACCAUCGAGAAGCUCCGGAAGAACGGGGCUGAGGAAUUUCUGGGCGAUCAGAUCGCCGACCCCAUGAUCGCGAAACGGUGGUUUGAGCGAACCAAACGGGAUUCCGCCUAUGACUGGUGGAAGCGUGUAGGAGCGGACGAUCCGGAGCCCGUGCAGUGGGCCACUUUUGACCGACUCUUUCAUGAGGAGUACAUCCCGGAGCACUUCGUCGAGGCGAAGCGAGAGGAGUUCUUGAAGUUCACCCAGGGUGAACUCACGCUGCCUGAGUAUCUUCAGAAGUUUGACGAGCUCGCGGGGUUCGGGCAAGACCUCGUACCGACCGUGGAGAAGCGAUGCAAACGCUUCGUGGAGGGUUUACGUCCCGACCUUUCGACUCAUCUAAUCAUUGCUCCUCGAAGUGACAUCAACGCGUUGUACAAGAAUGCGUUGGACCUAAAUGCGGCUCUCAUUAAGAAAGCUGAAUUCGAGCAGGCGCAGGGGGCAUCAGUAGCACCAUCCCGUCCUCCUCCACCUCAGAAGGCGGGGACCAGCAGCAAGAGGUCCUUUGCAGCACCGAGCAGCUCUCACCAGAGCAAGAAGGUGAAGUCAGCCCCAGCUCAGUCGUCGGUGUCCGUGCAAAAGAAGGGCAAGAGCGGAGAUGGGUUCCGCAACCCGAUUUGCGACCAUUGUGGGCGCAGGCACCCAGGGGAGUGUUGGUACACUUUGGGCUUGUGCCUUGGGUGUGGCCAAGCCGGGCAUUUCCGAAAGGAUUGUCCGAAGAAUCCAGGUGAGGCAUUCUCGACCGCACCGGCCGCUUCAGCCCCAGCAGCACAGCCCGCCCAGAGCCAGAAGUCGGCGGCAGCAUCCAGUCAGCCCAGGCGGCAAGCAUCAGGCGCUCAAGGGGGGAAGGCCCCAGCCCGCACUUACGCGAUGCGAGGGCGUACCGAGGAGCCAGCCCAUGACGUCAUCAUGGGUAUGUUUACCUUAUUCAAUACAUCUAUUACAGCUUUGAUUGAUCCGGGUUCCACUCUAUCAUAUGUCUGUAUGCCUAUGCCUGUUAUGCCUAACUUUCCGAGGGAAAAUUUAGACAAUCCGGUAAUAGUGUCCAACCCAUUGGGACAUAGUCUACGACUCACCCAUGUGUAUCACGAUUGCCCAUUAGUGGUCCAGGGAAAGAUUUUCCCUGCGAGUCUCAAUGAGCUUCCACAUCGUGAGUUUGACGUUAUUCUAGGCAUGGAUUGGCUCACCGCCAACCAAGCCGUUGUUGACUGUGGAGCUCAUACUGUUCGACUGAGAGCUGAAGACGGUAGUGACGUACUGAUCCACGGUGAGCUUCUUCCGAAAGCUCCAGAAUUCAUUUCCUACAUUCAUGCUCGUCGACUCAUCCGCAAGAAGUGUGAAGCAUUCUUGUGCACAGUGCGUGACACUCGUCAGGAGGCGCCUAGUAGGGGGGACAUCCCUACGGAGCAGAUAACCUCAGCCCAGAGCAGCGAUGAUUUCUGUAUCCAGACAAUUGAGCUCGUCUCUCGAGGAGAGAAGCCGGAUUUUGCAGUUCGGAAUGAAACACAAACGGAACUCAAUUCGGACCCGUUCGGGGGGGAAAGCGCGUACCGUUCAGGGAGGACUUCGUGCGCCUACUACAGUGGGCCCGUCCAGGAACCCUUGGGGUCCAACGAGUUUUCAUCUGUCGUGCCCGGCUCGUUACCGUUCGGGGACGAUGACCGGAGUGCAGCACCACACACACUCAACAGAGUUCCAUCUAAAGCUGUCGAGAGCACACCAUACGAACUAUGGCGUGGGAGAAAACUGAGUUUCUUGUACUUUAAGAUUUGGGACUAUGAAGCUUAUGUAAAACGUACUAGUAAGUUGGAGCCUAAAUAUGAUAAAGUAAUUUUUGUGGGAUACCCCAAGGAAACUAGAGGGUAUGAGUUCUAUUAUCCAUCCGAUAACAAAAUUUUCGUUGCUCGGAAUGGAACCUUCCUUGAGAAGGAGUUUCUUUCUGCUAUCACUAGUGGGAGAAAGGUAGACCUCGAAGAAAUUCGAGAACCACAAGAAGAAGUACUGAUAGUGUUGGAACAUGAGCAAAGAGAUCAAGCAAUUGAACCUCAAACUGGUCAAGAUAUACCACGUAGGUCAGACCGGAUACGUAAUCCUCCGGUCAGAUAUGGAUUUCUCAUGUCUGAUGAAGGUGACGUCUUGUUGGGAAGUCCAGGAGAAGCACACUCGACAGCGGUCAAGAAUAUCCUCAAGUAUCUUCGCAAUACUAAGGAUGCAUUCCUGGUAUACGGUGGUGAGGAAGAGCUAAAGGUGGUCGGUUACACUGAUGCUAGCUUCCAAACCGACAGAGACGAUUCAAAAUCACAAGCAGGAUAUUUGUUUUGCCUGAAUGGCGGAGCUUUUAGCUGGAAGAGCUUCAAGGAGGAUACAAGCGCCGAUUCGACUACAGAGGCUGAGUACAUAGCUGCCGCCGAGGCAGCUAAAGAAGCUGUUUGGAUCAAGAAGUUCAUUACUGAACUUGGAGUGGUUCCUAGUAUUAAUGACCCUAUCUCGUUGUUUUGCGACAACACUAGGGCCAUUGCACAGGAAAAGGAACCGCGAUCUCACCAGAAAACCAAACACAUUGUACGCCGCUAUCACAUCAUACGAGAAAUCGUAGAUAGAGGAGAUGUGAUGAUUUGCAAAGUAGAUACUGAUGACAAUAUAGCCGAUCCCUUGACCAAGCCUUUAGGAAAGCUAAAGCAUGAGGGUCACACUAGGUCCAUGGGCAUUUGACCGAUGCCAGAUUGGCCAUAGUUCAAGUGGGAGAUUGUUGGAGUUGUGCCCUGAUGGCCAACUGUUCAUCGUUAUCCUAUCAUGUAUAGGCAGAUAUAAUAUGUUUACACAUCUCAUGCUAAUGUAAACAAAUAUUAUAUUCCUAGAUUUAUAUUUAAAAGAUGUUUAUCAGAUACUGUUAUUCUGCUGAUGAGACUAACAUCUUGAAAUAAAUAUUUAUCUAAAUG